UGGUCGAAAGUUUCAUUUGUAUUUAUUUAAAUUAUUUUAAUGCAACUUGUAUUUUUUCAUAAUUUUUAAAUGAUGUUACUAUAAUUAUAAGUGCAAUAUCCUACUUUCUUCGAAUUAUGAAAAUAAAUAUCAUGCGUUUUGUAUAUUUACCUGUCGAUCAUUUUUAGAGUUUUGUUUAUAUUGCGAGUUUCAAUUACAACAAUUAUGUUUAGGGUGUUGCUUAUUUGUAUGCUGAAUAUUGCGUGUGUUUACAAUGAAAACACUAAAUGCGGAUGUACUGUUGACCGGGCGCAAGGCAUUCAAAGUAAAUACCUAGAUCAUACGAAGCAAUCGGAAGCCGAUAAUUGUCCGUCUGAAAAUCACUCUAAUGUAGAAGACGCAUCGAGUGAUAUGGUGGUUGUUCCUGCGGGUGAAUACCAACUCGGAACUGAUGACGUCAUGAUCCAAGCUGAUAAUGAGGGACCUCAAAGAAUAAUUAAAUUAGAAACAUUCCUAAUGGAUAAAUAUGAAGUCUCAAAUAAGGACUUCCUGAAAUUUGUUUCAUCUACAAAUUAUAAGACUGAAGCGGAAAUUUUUGGGGACAGUUUUGUUUUUACAACGUUUUUGAAUGCUACAUUCAGAGAAAAAUUACAAGACUUCAGAGUGGCUCAAGCUCCGUGGUGGUAUAAAGUUGAUGGAGCUAAUUGGAAGCAUCCUUAUGGCCCUGAUUCAAGUAUUCAAGACUCAAUGGACCAUCCUGUGAUCCAUGUGUCCUGGAGAGAUGCUCAAGCUUACUGCAAGUGGAGAGGGGCUCGCCUGCCAACUGAAGGGGAGUGGGAGGCCGCCUGCCGCGGUGGGAAGCGCCUGACCAAGUACCCCUGGGGAGACAAGCUGUUUCCUGAUAGAACACAUAUGGCAAACAUAUGGCAAGGAACCUUUCCCAAUCACAACUCUGCAAAGGAUGGUUACAUUGGCACCAAUCCUGUGAACUUGUUUGAGCAAAAUGGUUUUGGUCUUCAUAAUAUGGCUGGGAAUGUGUGGGAGUGGACUGAAGACUCCUGGUCUAAAGAUGCUCCAAAAGAAAAGGUGAAAAAGGGUGGUUCAUACUUAUGCCAUCGCUCAUACUGCUACCGCUACAGAUGCUCCGCGCGAUCUCACAACACCGAAGACAGCUCGGCGGGAAAUUUGGGCUUCCGAUGUGCAAAGUCAGCUUAACCCCUUGACCGCUAAAAACGGCCACAGAUGCCCAUGGUUAGUCUUAUUAACCUUCGUGCAUUCCAAUAAACAUUACAAU